GCCGACAAAUGAUUACUGAAUACGCUUAUCAUACCGACAACUUUGAAACAUACGGCAAUCUCAGCAAAUUCCUUCGAAACCACUACAAGCAAGCCCUCGAUAUCCUAGGAACUGCCGAAUCCCUCAAAACACGGAUGCGUAAUGCUGGUAUUGACGACGCACGUAUUAUCUUCAAAUGGUUGGAGGAGGAGGCAGCGUAUCUUCAGAACCUAUCGAAAGAACCGCUAGCGGAAACACUCCAAAUGGAGUACUAUGGGAAGCUUGUCACCCUUAAGGAGUGUCAAGCCGUUCUUAAAGAAGCAAGACACGCUUGGCUCUCAUAUAGACCAGGGGAACGGGAUCAAACUGCAGCUAUGCAUUGGAGUCAAAGCUGGACAUACGGGUUCGAUGGACAGAGGGAUUCAAAGAGUGGGAUGAAGCUGGGGCAUUGGUAAUAGGCGCUAAAUAUCGGCGAGCCCUUGAUAAACUGGAGGGGCUGCUGGUAUCUGUGAGGCCCCGGCACAGGAGGCCUGCUCUGGUCUUACCCAGA